GUCCUCCACGCUGAGGCGGAGGCGGCGGCUUGAGCUCGCACACGCGGCGGCGCGAGGGCCGGAGAAGAGAAGCGAGCAGCGAAAGCACCGGCGACCUCGGCGAGGAGCCAGGCCAUGGCGGCGACGAGCCACCUCCGCCGCGCCUUCGCGCCCGCGCUUUCCCACCGCCGGGCCCACCCUGCCCCCUUCCUCUCCCGCCUCGCGUUCUUGUCCACCUCCGCAUCCCCGGAUCAGGCGGCGGCGGCGGCGAAGAAGGGGGAGGCUGCUGCGGGCGGGGCCGGGAAGGGAGCGGCGGCGGGAGAGGAGGAGGAGGAGAAGAAGAAGGGAGGCGACGCUGGUGACGCGAGGAAGGAAGGGGAAGACGGCGGCGGCGGCGGCGGUGAGUACGUGAACAAGGACACCGGCGAGAUCGGCGGCCCGCGCGGGCCCGAGCCGACGCGGUACGGCGACUGGGAGCGCGGCGGCCGCUGCUCCGACUUCUGACCAGCUCACGCCGCGACGAUGGAAGCUCCCUUCACACCGGCAUGGCGUGAUCUGUCAAGACAUGUAGAAGAUAUGGUGUAGUUUUAUCUAUCGCAAUCUGUGCUCCCCUUUCUUCUUGAAUUAUGAAUAAAUUGAAGUUGUUAUGCAGGCCAUGAUUCUGAAUUUCUGAAUGUUUCAGAGUUUCAGAGCACUAAUGCUCAUGAAUCUUACCAUGGUAAUCUCAAAUUUUCUUAUGUCGUUUGAUGAAUUGAUGAAUUGCUUGAGCUCUGUGAUGAGGAAUUGCUUGUUCUGUAAAUUCAGUGCAAACCUGUGAGCACUUAUAAAUUAUAAUUUAUCCCAAGAGUUCCUCCA